AUGAACGGGUUGGAGAAAUUCCUGGAAGCUGAUUUCAAUUUGCUCAUCAAAAAAUAUGAUGAGUUGUGGGCCGUCGAGGAUCCAGAAGACAAUCCGUACAAGAGCAAGUAUCUUGCCCGAGAGAUCCUGGAAGUAGCAGUGAAAGACUUGGAGGCGCUCGUUGCAGAGGAGGUCUCCGUGAAAUUGGCGGACCGUGGACGUGAAGUCUUUGCCAGGCUGUUGCUGUUUCUUGGGAAGAACUGCUAUUUCUGCGAGGAGGUUCCACAGGCUGAGAAGUACUUCAUUCGAUCUUUGGAACGCUACUUGCGGUCAACACUUCGACUGGAUCCGGAGCCCUUUUGCUUCAUCCAGGAUGUCUUCAACCAGCUGGGCAUGCUCUGGUGCAAUCGCGGGGGUCACAAAGAAGGAAUGAACUUCUUGCGCAGGGCACAGGUCAUGUAUUCGAGGAGGCCGCAGGCUGUGCGAGACGCCUGCGAGGAGCGCUGUGAGAACAACUACACCAUGACAAUGUUCUACUUGGCCCAAGCAUAUGGGGCGCUGCAGAAGCCGACGCUUUCAGCGCACUUUUGUGCCGAAACCAUGAGUCGCCAGCUCGAGUCGAACUCAUUUGGCUUGCGCAGCCAAGAGAUCAAUGAGCGGGACCCUUUCGAUGCCAAGGAUUGGAUCAGGAACUGCUGUGCCUUGUCCGACUUCUUCAUCAACGAUGGCAUGUUCUGGACUGCUGAAUACUUGCUGCACUCAGCCUUGGUCAUGUGCGAGCGUGCCAGAGAGAUUCUUGGCUCAGAGCCGGAGAACAUCUCCGAGCUCAAGGCGGAGUGCAUGCGCGACAUUGGAAACAUGUACGCAACGCGCUUGAAGUUCUCCAGGGCUUGCGCUGAAAGACCAGAUGCCUGGGAAGAGGUGUGGCGCGGUGAACGCAAAAAGGCGGAAGAAUCUGCCGGUCCAGAUGAGGGCACGAAGCUCAGCUUCCGCGUGGCGGCAGACCGAGUUGAGCGCCCUCCGGAGGGCGGAAGCGGACCCAUACAGUGGGACGAGGUCUUCCCCGAGGUCGUCCAUCUGGAAGAUGAUGAGGCUCAUGACAACUUAUUGGCCGAGGAGCACGAGGCCGCGGAUGAUCACGAUGAGGACCAGUGGCUGAUCCUGGGGCCGAAUGACAGGAUCCGCCUUCCGGUGCACUUCAGGCUCUUGCACGCUCACACUCAGCGCCGCAUUCGCAGGGCGAAUGCUGCAUUCUUGGAGCAGCGUGGGCCUCACAAGGCUGUGGAAGGCGAAGAAACUGCAGUUGACGGGGCUCCCUGGCCCUCUUGCGUCGGCGUGUCUUUCACUGCUGCCCGAGAGAUUUUCAAGCUGGGCAACCACUUCUUCGCCCAUGCUCUCGACUACUUCCUCCUGGAUGGUUGGGUGACAGAGCAUGUCAGGACCUGUGUAACUUGCAGUGUGGUCAAAACUCCUCCAUGA